AUGGAGUUCCCGGGAGAAGAAGUACUGCUGGAGCUCUUCCACCGCUCUAAAACAGAAUUGUCGUGCAUGGAAAACCCGCACACGUUCAUACGACAGCUCAGGGAUUACCGUCUGAUUCCAGAAGAGUUUUACAAGAAAGUAAACCGCAAAAGAAACAAGAAGACCUUGAAAAAUGACCUCUAUGACAUUCUGGACUGGAUGGAGCGGAAACGAUCACAGGACAUUAAAGUGUUUUGGCGGUGUGUCUUUAAGGAAGCCAUUGUAAACGAAUAUCCCACCCUGCAACAGUUGCGCAAAAGCCUCAACGACGGUAUGAGUCAUUUUUUUAAUGUCAAGGGACAGGAGGAGACCACUGCAAGGAAAAGAAAGCCAUUAGAAAAAGAAGGUUUAGAGAGGAGGGAAGAAAUACAAGUGUCAAAGAAGAAGAAGCAGAACAACUACACGUUGUACAGGGAGGAAGAGCAGCCCUCGCAGUCGUCUGCAUCACCAAUGAAUAGUCCUUUUAUAUGGAUUGAAGAGGAGGAGACUGAUGUCAGGAUUACAAAAGAGCCAUCAAAAGAUGAAAAUGUCGAGAGCAGUGAAGAAAUCACAGCGUCAAAGAAAAAGAAGAAACACAAGAUAAAAGACAACAAGAGUGAGGAAGAGGUGCCCUCUUCAUCAAAGAAAACAAAACUGCGCUUCUCCUCUCCAAUUAAGGGUAAGGGCAAUGACAUUUGGACAUGGCCACUAUAUAAAUACAGCCUUCCUGUGACCUGUGGAAACAUGACAGGGACAUUGAACCGAGAUCGUCUAAGAAAAGGGAAGCCAUCCAUUUUGGUCAACAAAGAGUGGAUUACUCCCAAUGAAUUUCAACGUCGUGGGGGCAAGGCUAGUUACAAGAACUGGAAGAUGAGCAUCCGAUGUGUGGACACACCUCUUGCAAAGCUUCUGGAGGUGCAAAAAUCACUCUUCGCCACUGAUAAGAGCACUGACACAGAUUCCGAACAUGAGAUUUUAUCGGAUGAAGAGGCUGAAGUACAGGAGGAGGGGCCCAGCAGCAGCAAUGACAGCAACUCAGACAGAUCUGUGUUCAAUGUGACGUGUGGGGAACUUGCUGGCAAAUUACACAGAAAACGAUUUGCAACAGGGAACUGUGGUCUGAGCAUUCGCACAAACAGCUGCUGGAUGACACCAGCUGACUUUGUGAAGGAGGCAUUGGAUGGGGAAGAUGCCUCCUGGAAGAAGGAACUCAUAUUGGAAGGCCGGUCGCUCGAUGUUGUUCUUAAUGAAAAAGUGUUGCAGCUUCACUCGCUCCUGUGUAAUUGCAAACUAUGUAAACCAACCGAUGGUGAUCUGGACGAGCAGAAAAAUGAUGAUGAGUGUUGUGUGUGUAAAAGUGAGGGAGACCUAGUCGUGUGUGACAGUUGCCCACGUUCCUUCCAUCCAAACUGUCACCUUCCUCACAUUGACAACAACAUUUUGAGUGAUAAUAAAACGUGGAAGUGCACCUUUUGUAUCUUCUCGGCAUUUAAAGAGUGGCGCUACUCUGACGAACUGGAAAGCUCAACUGUCCUGUCCAAACAAAUAUCCAAACACAUGCUGGAGUGCCAUUACCUGCUCCUCUAUUUGUUUAGUCUUGAUGAUGAACAAUUUUUUGCAACAAAUCCAUGUGGCUACCUGAAAGACUACACCUCUGUGGUCAAGACUCCUAUGUGGUUAUGCAAAAUUGAAGAAAAGCUCCAGAAGAACGAAUACUGCCUCAUCUCCGACUUUGUUUCCGAUGUUGAGCUACUUUUCUCUAACUGCGUUUUGUACAACAAGAAUAACCCUCAUUUCUUCAGCAUGGGUGCCAGACUAAAACAAUUAUUUGAUGAAGAAUUCAAGAGUGCCUUCUGA